GCUCAUACAUAUGGCCGUCAGCCGUCCGCUAUUGUUGACGACAGCCAUUGCUUGGAUCUGUCAUACGCACGCCGCCCGCUCGUUGAUCCAAUUUAACGGCGACGUUUCCAGCAACGAUUGCGUACGUUUCGUACGGGUAACGAUUCAGCAUGGGCAACUGUUGUGCGUCCUGCUACAAGGGACAGUCGUCGUACGAAGAUCUCACUCCCGAUCGGGAAACUAUACGCAGGAAACAGGCGGAAGCGGCUGAGAAGAGGAUAGCGGAACAGCAGCAACGAGGUAUAAAGGACGUAGAGUCCGUCAAGAGGCAGCAGCGACGCGCGUUGGAGCUCGAGAAGCGGGAACAGGAGGCUGCUGCCAGUGGCACGCAGCCUACGCUCCGGUGGCAGGUGCAAUAAACGUGUCGAAGGAUUGGGCUCUAUGUUUUCUGAUUGGGAAGGUAUAAGUAUUCUAUAUAACACUUGGCUGACCAAAAUGGAGAUAGACCUAACGUUACCAGUGAUGCUGUUAUAGUCACACAAGUGCACUCUUAUUUUGUAUAAUUUACACAGAAUUAUGAGAAUAAGCAUUAAAUGAAUUUAAUUUAACGAGAUACGUCAGCUGAAAUCGAACGAUCGAUACUAAGGUUCGUUUCCAGCUGAUGUAUAUUUUUUAUCAUAGUUUAUAUGUAAGUUUAUAUAUGUAUAUACAUUAAUUGUGCAUACUUUAAAAUAUAAUACGAAUGAUGUUGAUGCGAAUGUUGAAAUUUUGCAUCAUGUUUGAAGCUUAA